GGCCACUCCGAGCGCUGCAGGAGUGAGGUGCAUCGGGCAGACGUAGCCAACCAAAUCAGGGUCAGUCGGUUUUUAAGGAGCCAAACGGACUAAGAUUAAAUACCUGUUACGAGACGAACGGCCUGCUUGAGUCGAGCUCGGAGCCCCGGUGCUGAUUAGCAUCCAUAGCAGAUCGGGAGGAAGGGGGAGGAGGCACGGAGAAUGAGCUAUUCUUGUAACAGCUCAGAAGCUGUGUGUAUUAACAGCUCCAACUCCACUAAAUCGGCCCGAGCUAAUACGUCUAGUGGUGGCGACGGAGGCACCGAGAGCACCAGCAAACCUUGUCCCGAUCGGCUGCAGCAAAACGCGCCCGCAGAAAUGAAAGUGAAACAAGGCUGCAAUUCGGACACGGGUGUGCCGAGCACCAAGGAAGAUGAAUUGCUCACAAAUUCUAUCAUCUCGCCCGAUGAUGUGCUCGGGCUACAGAAGAUCACCCAAAAUUACCUCUGCUCUCCAGAGCAGAAUGUCCACAUGAUCGACUUCACCAGGUUUAAGAUCCGAGACAUGGAGACCGGCACAGUACUGUUUGAGAUUACCAAACCUCCAAUGCCAGCGGGCUGUAGAAAGGACUGUGACCCUAAUGCUGGCCGGUUUGUUCGAUACCAGUUCACACCGGCCUUCCUUCAACUACGGCAGGUUGGAGCCACGGUGGAGUUCACGGUGGGAGACACGCCCAUCAACAACUUCCGGAUGAUCGAGAGGCACUACUUCCGCGAGCAGCUGCUGAAGAGCUUUGACUUUGAGUUUGGCUUCUGCAUGCCCAGCAGCAAGAACACGUGUGAACACAUCUACGAGUUCCCCGCGCUGUCUGAGGAUAUCAUGCGAGAGAUGAUCCUGCACCCUUAUGAGACGCAGUCCGACAGCUUCUACUUUGUGGACAACCAGCUGGUGAUGCACAACAAGGCCGACUACUCGUACAGCGGGGGGGCGUAGGGGCCCCGGCGUGACACCAUGAGGAUUAUUAUGAUUAUAUCACUAUUAUUCUGCUCUGACUGACCCAAUUCAGAAUAUAAGCCUGUGUCACCCACAUGACAGCCGUAUCACUCCAUGAUCCCUCUCUCACUCCAUGACCCCUCUGUUGCCUCAUGAACCUGUAUCACACCAUGUACCCUGUAUCAGACCAUGACCCCCACAUCGCCCCAUGACCCCUGUAUCCCUCCAUGACCCCUGUAUCCCUCUGUGACCCCUGUAUCCCUCUGUGACCCCUGUAUCACUCCUUGUUAUUCUAGCGCUAAACGAAAUCCAACUGUAUAGAAAACCAGCGGUUGAGGACUUCCAAGAGAAGAGCGCAUGCUUAAUUCAGUGAACUCUGACAUCACCUCUUAACCAUCCACCGUCCCCCCGCCACAUCCUGGUGGAUGCCCUUAAAUACAGACUCUGUCCUAUGGUAUUUGUUAGUUUGCCUUAGUGUGUUUGCAUACAGUAAGUAUCCGUGUGUGCAAUCGUAUGUAUGCAGACACACAGAGACACAAAGUCAUAGUAUAGCCAUAGUGUGUGUCUUCUUCGUGGGUUUUACUUAUUGUAGGUUCAAUGUCCUGUUGACCAGCAGAGGAGGCAGUGAGGUGGGAGGUGAAACCAUAAAGCUAGGUGUGUGUCGCCUUCAUCCUCAACCCACCUCUCACAUCCCAGAUCAACAGCAUUGCUUUUGUUCUUCUUACUCCUAAGGGAAGCUUGUCAUUGGUCAAAUAUCUAGAGGGCGCAUGGAGAGGAACAUGUUCACUUACUCAUGUUUUUUUCAACAUUGGAGUAGGGCGAAGGUCAGGUCACAUAGAUGUCAGGGUAUCACAGAGAAAGGGGAGGUACUUUGUUGAUGUGGAUAUCUUGUCAGGUCUUUAUUCUUACAGUAGGAUGUCAAAAAGAGUUUUAAAUAGACGUUUUGUAUAGUCAGAUCAAAUGAAUAGUUAAUGGUCAAAAUCUGACGCCUGUUUUGAUAUCCAGUGCAUAUUCAGUAUUAAUAAAAAACUAUUUUAUUUAUAUUAAAUGUGAUUAAUAUAUAAUGUAUUUAAAAAAAGACAUGUACAUUUGGACAGUUUCGAUUCCAUCGCUGCAAUAAACGUGUGAUUUUUUGGAA